CACACCGAUCGAUUCCUGAUCACCGUGCUUGUCGAUCGGAAAAUCAAAAUACCAGCGUGAUAUUGCCGCGAAGAUGAAGCAGUUGUGUUAUUUGAUUUGUACUUCACAUUCGAGUCGAAGCUUGGGUGGCACAGGUUAUUUCUUACGGUAGAAUCGACGAGGGGAAUUCGAACACUAGUUGUAGUGUUUGAAUUGUUGGAAGAAAUGGUCGCAUGGGGAUGGUAAGUUUAACGAACAAUUUCAAAUUUUGCCGCUUGAAUUGAAAGUAAAGUUCAUUUGAAUUGCUUUCGUAUGUAUUUCUGACGGUUUUAGAUCUACCUGCUUGAUUUAUAUCGGUUACGCUUCAUGUUGACAAGUCCCUCAAAAUGGCGGCCAAACUUGGAAAUUAGGUAAGUUCACGGAGUUAUAAAGUUCUCGUAAAGGUCGGGCCGCAAAGUUUUUUUUCUGUAGUUACCUUUUCUAUGACAACUACUUCCUAUCUAUGUUAGUUGGAUCAGUUGAGAACGCCUCACUUUUUCAAAAAUUUACCUUGAAUUUGAUCGGUUUUGGCCUGUGUGAUUUAGGCGAACCGAUAAGGUGUCAUUCAAGUCUUCCUGUUUCCUUGAUUGAAACGUGAUGUCUGCGAAAGUCGCUUCGAUAGAUAAGAUAAAGUUAAUAUACAUGGCUGUGGUAUUUGUUUUUUUCUGAGUUCCGUAGUUUUUUGUAAAUUGUCCUCCAAAGUUGUAUGAAAUUAAAGUCUUGAAAAGUGUCACGACAAGCCUUCGCUCGAGUGAAAUUUAAUUUCCGUAAAACUCCGAAAAGUAAAGAGAUCCGAUCAAACUGAUUGUUGUUUUAGUAUAGGUACAUGAACGUCUUACAACACACAAGAAACGAUCGAAAUCCGUGUCUCAAGCAAAAUCGACCGGACCGCUCUUACAGAGACACUCUCUUAAUCCUCGAUGUCCACUUAGUUGAUUUCUGAUAUGUAGAAAUAAACCACUGCAAGAUUGUUUACUAUACUUUGUCAUUGGUUUUUCUUUUCUAUAUUUUGAAGUACACCGCACUCUCUGAGGCUGCAAGAAAUGGUCACACUGAUAUUGUAAGGUUGCUCAUAGAGAACGGAGCUGAUGUCAACAAAGGACGGGUACGUUAGAAGGAUAAAUUGUAUAUGUUAUAAAGAGUAAAGUCAGAGUCUGAGAGUAAGAGUUUAAAUUUCUACGCCAGUAGAGGCGUGAUCCAAAACACGGAAGCUAUCUGCUGAACACAAGGCACAUUGUCGCGCGACAACGCUUCCAACGCUUGUCACAUUCAAGAGGCUGGACAAGAUUUCAAUAUUUUGGAGAUAGUGAAGCAAAGCAGUUGAUAAGAUGGUCGUAUUCUAUACAAAACUUCUGGACAUUGGAUGCAGUUAACUAAGUUAUUGAUCAAUUUGCUACAGAAAAGUGACCCUUCUGGUAAACUUUGUUUGCACAAGGCCCAUAUUUAAACCAUUUUGCUCCUGAACUGGGCCAGCUAAUUAAACCCACAAAGUUGUGGAAAUCGUGGGUAUAGCAACAUACAGUGUACAUCCCAUCUCUUGGAUGUGUCCAGAAGCAGUUGGAUCAGUAGCCUACGUGUUGCCGUACCCUCCCCCCCUCCCCCCCUCCAGGUGAAAUGAAGGCGUGGGAACUUCUACGCAAACCUGACACUUUUCGUGUUCUGUGAUGUCACUCUAACUCAUGCAAAACAAUGUCAUUUGAUGAUAUUUUUGCGAAGCGACACGUGUUAGCGUGAUGGUUAUCGAGAUAAACAACAACGCUGAAGUGAAUUCAUUUUCCAUUUUUCAGGUAAAUUUGCAAUUCAGCGUCCGAUUUCAAAUAAAUAUUUGCUAUAAGGAUACAAGAAAAGAUUAUGAGCGAUUUUCGAUAUGGAGUAAGAAAAGGACGAUGUUCGAUUAGCAUCGCGCUUGUGAAAUCCACGCGGUUUCUGCUUGCAUUUGUAAAAAAAAAAAGUUGGACCACUUGCCGCAGUCUUAAGGUUCUUACAAAUUUCUUUAAGGGAAAGUCACACUGCAAGCGUGAAGAAAGAGUCAUUUUUUUCUCAGUCGAAAGAAUCGCUGCAAGAAACAACUACCUCUAAAUUAAUUAAGUGACUCAACGUCCUGCAGCCGGACACGUUUUUAAUAGCUUCGCAACACCGUUCGCAAAGAGACCGAAGGUUAAAGGCAGACAAUCCUUUUGGCCCAAGUACAUUAAGAUAGUGCACCUGGUCUUCUGCGAGAGCUUUAACGGGCGGCAUAGUGACCGCUUUCUUCUAAAGAGAGGUGAUCGAUCACUGGCGCUGCUUGAUAUAUUAAAGAUUUUUCAUAGCCAAUUGGUAACGAAAUGGAGACAUCGUUACCUUCGAAAAGGUAUGGCUUUCUGCUGUUCUUCUUGAGCGGGGGGAAAGGUGAGGGUACGGCUACACGUAGGCUAGGUCAGUGGUCACCAAAACGCUUUUCCACUUAAGAAAUCGAAUUAAGAAAAAGCACUGCGUGUCAAUGUCUACGCAAUACUGACGUGUUGUUUGAACAGUUGGGUUUGCAGAAACAAAUAGGCUUUGAUAUACUAACGUAGACGCAUGUAAUAUCUAUACUUGUCUAAACUGACAUUGAUUGACGAUGCUUGGAAUAAAAAUAAACUUAUCAGGUGCACUAAGAACUAAGCUUUUUUUCUUCGUGUGAAGGCGUUGUUUGGAAUGAUAUAUUGUUAGCAGGAAUGUUUGAAAAGAAUAUUGCGACAUUUCACCGCUUCGAUUCUCAAUCAAAGUUAAUGUGGUAAAGCAGGAGUCUGUUAAACAAGCGUCAUAAACGUAAUAGGUUCAAGAACUGGAAUAAGUCUUCUUAUUCUAAGAUUUGGUAGAACCCUCAUUUAAAUUGCAUUUGGCUACGAAUUAAUUGUAUCUUACUCUCUCAACAUAUUUUUUAAUGUGAUCUUUAAAUCAGGUUUACAUUUAUGUUAUGAUAUUUCGAUAUUUCACCGCUCUGAUUCUCAAUCAAAGCUAAUAUGGUAAAACAGGAGUCAGUUAAACAAGCGUCAUAAACGUUACAAUUUCAAGAAGUGGAAUAAGUCUACUCAUUAUAAGAUGUGAUAUAACUCUCAUUUAAACUGCAUUUGGCUACGAAUUAAUUGUUUCUUACUACCUCAACAUAUUUUGAAUGUGAUCUUUAAAUCAGGUUGACAUUAUUAAUGUUUUGAUCCACGGACUACAUACUGGAGGACUAUUGAAAGCCAAAAUGUUCUUCCUCGGGAUAAUUUGUCUUAGGUCAAAUCCCACAAUGAUCCAAACAAAGACACGCAUCUCGGAUAUUUAAACAGACAACAAAGAGUGUCUAUUUCGUUGAACCACUGCUCAGUUCAUUAUGAUAAAGUUCAAGAAAAAAUGACCCUCAGAAAGUGGGUGAAACGCAGUUAUUCCCUUAUUCUUCUAUACUCCGAUAACAAAAUCUGCAUGUAGACGUCUCCAAAAUGUUUUACUUUGCUUAGUUCACGCGGAACGUAGGAUAAUGCCUUUUACACUCCGAGAUAUUACCAACGGAGGCCAACCCUCAACAACCUGUUGAUGGUCCACUUUUAGUAACACAAUUGUCAGUUGUGUGCUAAUCCAACCGUUUGAAUACUAGGCCAAAAGUAACUAGGAUUUUAAAGGCAUUCACUCUCAAUACAUUAAUCCUCGGUGUGCACAUUACCACUUAGUUGAUUUCUGAUAUGUAGAAAUAAAGCACUGCAAGAGUGUAUUCAAAGGAGCUUGCAUUACAAUCAGCUGUAAUCCUAAAAGAGGUGCCAGUUUUUGAAUUCCUGAACUCCUUCUUAUUUUGUGGGUAUUUUCGUUGCUAAGCCCAUUCCUUGUCUUUCUUGUGCAUUCGACAAGAUUAGAAAACUAAGCUGAACGUACCCGAACGUGAUUAACAAUCACCAAUAUUUGCUCCGAAAUAUUUGUUUCGAAGGAAACUAUAGGUUUACAUGAGGAUAAGGUUUUCUACGCCUGUAGGGAGAAUGAAGUAGUCGGUUAGUGACCACCAAAAAACAAAUCGGUCAGCCAGCCCACGGAAGAUCUCAAGCUACUGAAGGGAAGGAGAGAUCAAUCAGAGAGACAGACAGACAGACAUGCGAAAUAAAGACGGAUGGACUGAUGGAGAGGCGAAGGGAUAGACUGGCUUAAGGACGGCAGAACGGACGGAUGGAUCGAGGGAUGAAGCCGUGGAUGGGUGGAUUAACAUACAGAUGAUUGAAUAAAUGUUCGGGAAAAAAAGAUACAUGGAUGUUUGCGCAGGUAAACGUACCGCUAAGAUAUAGUAUUACGAUUGAGUACUUAGCUGGCUGUAGCUUGGUUGCAGAAUUCUUCAACUGAAAAUCUGUAACCCUUGAACUCCAAGAUCUUAUUAGUUAUUCUCCUUACUUUCUGCUUUACAAUUUUUAUGAUGUCUAUUUGGAGAAUGUGGUAAUGGAACAACUAAUAAUCCCCUAAUUGAUAUUUUUGUUUUUUCCCAUCACUUCUAGGCCUGAUAUGGUCUUGUUAUUUAGCCUGCGUUGCUGGUGGUUUGCGGUCUUGUGGGCGGAGAAAAAAACUGCAGACCGCCAGCAACGGAGACUAUUUGUUAUUGUGAGGAAAAAUUUUUCUUUUGGUUACUCAUGGGAGGUAAAGGGUCAAACAAAAUUAAGAAAAUUUAGCCUUACAAGAUUACAUUGACCUAAAUCAGUGAAAGUCACAGGGGAUUAGUUUGUUGCAAUAUCCACGAGCUGCAUGCCUUGAAUGUGCUUUAGAAUGUUCUGGGAAACUUAAAGGAACAUACUGUCACCAUCCAGGGGGGGAGAAAAGGGUGAAUAUGUAGCUACCAUUUACGCGCCACAAGUUAAAUUAUGAUGUGUUUUGCGUACGUACAACUUUUACCGACCCUUCUUUCUUAUGUCAGUUUAAAAGCGUUGAUGUCUCUCAGUUUUAAGGCUUUAUAAUCGACAUGUCCCUCUCGAUUGAUUUUCGUGACAUUAGCCUUAUGGACCUUUGAACAAAAGUUAUUUUGAUGUUAGAUUUAAAUGUUUUGGAAAUAGUGAAACAAUGUAGUUGAUAAGAUGGUCGCAUUCUAUACUUGUGGACAUUGGAUGCAGUUAACUUGUUUGUUAAUCGAUUUACUGUAUCCUAAGUUAAUGCAUAAAGGAGGUAAGUUUCUAAAGAAACUGUGGUGCUGCGUCGGUGGGAGAGUAUGACAGGGUGAUUUAGUGUUAUCAAUUCAGUUGAUAACGUCAAUUAGCCACCUUAAAGAGUUCAGUUCAAAAGCGUUCAAAUUCUCUACAGUGGCCAAUUUGCGCUAUCAAGUCAGCUGAUAAUGCUAAAUUACUAAGUUAAUGUAGGCUAAUUGUUGGAAGCUAAUCAUGACCGUUUCGGAAUUUUGCCAACUUGUGGAAAAAAUUAUUUGUCAUUAUCAACGAUGGUUUGAGUUUACGACGUUAACACUUAAUCUGCGUGAUAGGUGAGAAGGAGUACUGGUAAUAAAUAAGUUAUAGAGGUAUAUGGUGCCCCCAGAUAUGUGGUUUUUAAGCCGUUCUGGUACAAAGACAGGUCGGUGUACAUUUUUACCAUUUUGGUUUAAAAUUAGGAAUAGUUUUCAAGAAAACCACACAAGUGUAUAAACAUAACUGAUUUUUCAACAUGAAUCAAAGUGAAACACAAGUAUGAAAAAUAUAUUUUUGGGUGAUUUUUGUAACUUCUUAACUUCGGCACUGAUACAAGCCUUUUCAAAUUCUUCUACAACAUAGCGUAAAGGAUUCUCAAACCAAGCAAAAUUUGUCUGGUGUGGAUAUUAGAGGCCAGGUACAAAACUAAAUAUAGAAAUAGCACUUUUUUUAUCUGAAAAUAGGGUCUGGGUGGAUAAUCUCUGCCAAACAUCCCGAGGCGGACCCCCCUCCCUAUCCGGGGUGGCAUCGUGACAACCUGAGUGGAGCUUAACUUUUAUCUUUAAAAAUCUCAUUACGACGAAUUGAAAAAAAGUUAUCCAGCAAGAAUUUAGCACCCAUGAGCAUUUAUUUGAAACAUCGAGAAUCGGCCGAAAAAAUGAAAUAACGGGUAUCUUCUCAUUUGGCCCAAUGACCCCUUCUGGUAAACUUUGUUUGCACAAGGCCCAUAUUUUGCUCCUGAACUGGGCCAGCCUGGUUAAAUAUUGGCAGUAUUAAAAUAAACUAAUUAAUUAAUGAAACCCACAAAGUUCUGGACAUCGUAUUUAAAGCAACAUACAGUGUCCUACCCAUGAAAAGUUGAAAAGUCGGCCAUUCAGACGGAGCCCUGGGAAGUUUUAAUGACUCUUUGUCCAGUCUCUUAGAUGUGUCCUGAAGAAGUUUGAUCAGUAGCCUACGUGUAGCCGUACCCUUCCCCACCCCCAAGGUGAAACGGAGGUGAGGGAAUGUCUACGCAAACCUGACACUUCUCGUCCUCCGUGACUUCAUCCUAAUUUAUGCAAAAUAAUGCCAUAUGAUAAUAUUUUUUUUUGCGAAGUGGCACGUGUUAGCGUGAAGGUUAUCGAGAUAAACAACAACACUGAAGUGAAUUCAUUUUCCAUUUUUCGGGUAAAUUUUCAAUUCAGCGUCCGAUUUGAAAUAAAUAUUUUGCUUUGUCCGGCAGCCGGACACGGCCUUAAUAAAUUCGCAGCACCGUUAACAGAAAGACCGAAGGUUGAAGGCGGACAGUCCUCUUGGCCUAAGUACAUUAAGAUGGUGCACCUGGUCUUCUGCGAGAGCUUUAACGGGCGGUACAAUAGAUAUAGUGACCGGUUUCUUCUAGAGAAGAGAGGCGAUCCUUUACUGGCGCUGCUUGAUAUAUUAAAGAUUUUCCAUAGCCAGAUGGUAACGAGAUGGAGACAUCGGUACCUUCCAAAAACAUAUCUAUGGCUUUCUGCGGUUUUUCUUGAGAUGUCUCUAUCCCAAAAGUCGCGCAAACUUGCCUUAAAACCUUGUGGAUGAUCGCUGUUGUCUAAAAAAUUGACCAUGAAAGACUUUUGUUCACCGUCUGGUUUGUUAGUUUGAAAAUAAAUUACCAACUCUAGCCAAUCAGGAUUGACGAAAUUCGACAAGAGAAGUUAACCAAUAAAGAGUCAUUAUACAUUUUCUUGCAAAAGAGUGACGUCACGGAACACAACUAGUGUCAGGUUUGGGUACCUCGCCUCCGUUUCACCUUGACGGGGGGGAAGGGGAGGGGAGUGUACAGCUACAUGUGUAGGCUAGAUCAGUGGUCACCAAAACGCUUUUUCACAUAAGCAAUCUUAUUAAGAAAAAGCGCUGCAUGUCGAUUUCUAUGCAAUAUAUACGUGUUAUUUGAACUGUUGGGUUUGCAGAAACAAAAAGGCUUUGGUAUACUAACGUACGCGCAUGUAAUAUCUUCUACUUGCUUAAACUGACAUUGAUUGACGAUGCUUGGAAUGAAAAUAACCUUAUCAGGUGCACUGAGAACUAAGCUUUUUUUCUUCGUGUGAAGGGUUGUUUGGAAUGUGAUGUUGUUAGCAGGAAUGUUUGAAAAGAAUAUUUCGAUAUUUCACCGCUCUGAUUCUUAGUCAAAGCUAAUGUGGUAAAACAGGAAUCAGUUAAACAAGCGUCAUAAACGUUACAGUAUAAAGAAUUGGAAUAAGUUUACUCAUUCUAAUAUUUUGAUAGAAAUCUCAUUUAAACUGCGUUUGGAUACGAAUUAAUUGUAUCCUGGUACCUCAACAUAUUUUGAAUGUGAUAUUUAAAUCAGGUUGACAUUUAUGUUAUGAUCCACGAACUACUGGAGGACUAUUGAAAGCCAAAUUGUUCUUCCUCGGGAUAAUUUGUCUUAAGCCAAAUCCCACAAUAAUAUUCAAACAGACAAAAAAGAGCAUCUAUUUCAGUGAACCAUUUCAGUUCGUUGUAAUCUAAAGCUCGAGAUAAAAUGACCCCUCGUUUGGAAAGUAUUCACCCGGAACAUAGCUUAUGCCUUUCACACUUAACAACCUCUUGAUGGUCACGGUAUGAAAGGGCCUGUCAUCUGAACAAAGCGCUUUUAUCCUUUAUCAGGCAGGAAACAUUUCCAGAUAAAGGCUUCUCAAGCACAUUUCCACCCACACGCAUCCCAGCGUCAGUUUCGCUUGCAGUUAAAAGCAGACACUUUCAACAGUAGUAUAUCAUUUACGAGCAAAACGAGCCGCGAACUGCAUGCAACAUAAUCAUGAGCUCCAAACCUUACCGUGUUGGUCAAUGGAUUCCUUCUGACCAGAAAGUUACUGACAAACGGUUAGCCAACUCAACCACGGAAGUCCAAACUAAAUACGGAGAUAAGUUAGAGUUAUUGAUGGCUCUUCAUCCACCAGCUGUAAAUGAAGAGACAGAUUGUGGUGAAACUCGACUGGUAGUUGCUUACGGUACAGAGGAAGACCUCGGUCUCCAUCCACCCGUUCAAGAUUUAUUGAAAGCUAUCAUCUCCGAUCCCGAGAUCAACAUGUUCUUUAAUCAGAUGUUCUGUCAACAGAACAAGAAUCCAAAUAGUUCGACAGGAACAAGGAUCUCUAGCUGGCAACAUAUGAUCAUUUUAAUCAACAACAUCAUGACAACAACUCCAAAGUACGACAAAACCGGUUUGGUUGGCUUCCCCAUUAAUGUUAUCCUGAACUGGCCGAUGGCUACGACUGCUGGAUUUGCUGCUUUCCUCAACGACAAAGUCAACGCGUUGUUCAAAAGUAUUCUCAACUAUUGGGGAAAGUUUUUUUCCAGUUCUGCUUCUUGUUACGUGUUGAAUGAGUGUCCCCGUCAUGGUUGGUUUGGUAAGGACGCAAUGCAAGAGAUGCCAAACUUCGUCCAAGAGUUCAAAUGCAAGCCUGAUCAAAAAUAUUAUGGUUUUACAUCAUGGGAUGACUUCUUCACCAGAGAGUUUCGUGAUGGCAUUCGUCCUGUAGAAUCUCCGGACGACGAUUCCAUUGUUGCGAAUGCUUGUGAGUCGGCGCCAUAUCAGAUCUCUACCGCCGUGAAAAAGAGGGACUUCUUCUGGAUAAAGCACCAACGGUACUCAUUGGACUUCAUCCUGAACAUGAGUGACCUUGCCAAAUUUCAUGGUGGAACCGUCUACCAAGCAUUCCUAAGUGCCACCAGUUAUCACCGAUGGCACAGUCCUGUGUCGGGCACCAUUUACAAGACAGAACUCGUGGAUGGUUCUUAUUAUUCUGCAACCCACGACAUCCAGGAUGACCCUGCAUCGCCCAACAUGUCACAAGCAUACCUAGCCCAAGUAGCUUCCAGAGGUAUUAUCUACAUUAAAGCUGACAAUCCCGAUAUUGGCUUGAUGUGCUUCGUAUCAAUCGGUAUGUCAGAGGUGUCUUCCAACGAAAUCACCGUUGAAGAAAAGGAUAAAGUGAAGAAAGGUGACCAGCUCGGCAUGUUUCACUAUGGUGGGUCCACGCAUCUACUGAUAUUUCGCCCUGGAGUAAAUAUCAAGUUCGAUACUAGAGGUCAAACACCCGGUCUGGAUACCAAAAAUAUUCUAGUAAAAUCGAAAAUUGCGACCCUACAUCCAUCAAUCUAAGCAAACAUAAGUAAGGCUGUUGAUAAACAGCUUGAUUUUGUCAGUGUUCGGUGUCAACAUGAUAAUUUUCUUUCUUUCCUCAUUGAAAAUGUCUUUUGAAAAUAAGGAAAUUAAGUUUUUUCAUUUUCACUUCGUCAAUUGUUAUGAACCACUAAAUUUAGUAGUAUUUGGCAACUACUAAAACUAGAAAUAUUCUGGCUUAGUGUUUGUGAAUUAUUUAGGCCUGUUAGAUUAUUUUGCAACCCUUAUGUGAGUCUUGUGAGCCUUGAUUUGUUAUGUGUUGCAAGACCACACCUUUUCGGUAGUUGGUCCUCGACCGAUGUAAUAGGCCUGUUGUACGAUAAUUGUCAUCGCUGGCCGCGUUUUCGCUAGUCCUUGGGAAAUUUUGUUCAAGGUUUUAGCCAUCGAAGUUUGGACGUUUUUCAGGCAAAUCUUUUUGUGCCACGAGCAUGUCUAAUAAUUGAUGGUGUAUUUUCAAACCGAAGCAUUUAAUCACUUAUUCUAGCAUUUGUGAUGGGAUUUUUAAAAAUAAUUACUAACCAAAAGUUUCUUAACUCACAUUUGGAGUGAAAGAUAUUCCCAUGCUUUACCGAAAGUGCAAUAAUAGUAAACUUAAUCCUUGAUGUGCACAUCACCACUUAGUGGAUUUCUGAUAUGUAGAAAUAAAGCACUCCAAGAGUGUUAAGGGCUUUGUUUUGCUUUCAAUUGUUCUUGUUAAAAACAUUACAUUCCACACAACACCUCAUCAGGAGAACAAAUUCUAGCCUCGAGCGAAUCUGUUUGGUCCAUUUUUAGUAACAGAAUUGUCAAUUGUGUGCUAACCCAACUGUUUGAAUACUAGGCCAAAAGUAAUUAGGAUUUGAAAGGCAUUCUUUGAUAUAUAUAUAUAUAUAUAUAUAUAUAUAUAUAUAUAUAUAUAUAUAUAUAUGUAUGUAUGUAUGUAUGUAUGUAUGUAUGUAUAUAUGUAUUUUAAAGAAAGCGACAAAACUUUUAAGUUUGUAAUACAUGUUUCGACAGGAACUUCUGUCAUCUUUAAUUAAUUAAUGUGCAAAGCGUUGGAAGUUCAAUUUAUAGAGUAAGUAACAUAAUGCUAAUUAUGAUAAAUGGUGACAUCAAGAAAAUAAGUAAAGCAUGAAAGUCUGAGAAUAGAAAGUAUAGUUUUAGAUUUACAUGGUGUAAUUGUUGAUUCAAGGAUGGUUGUUCUUUUUGAAUAUGAUUAGCUUCAUUUAUCUUGAGUUGGAAACCGGUAGAGGCGUGAUCCAAAACAUGGAAGCUAUCUGCUGAACACAAGGCACAUUGUCGCGCGACAACGCUUCUGUCGAAACAUGUAUUACAGACUUAAAAGUUUUGUCGCUUUCUUUAAAUUCUUGACUUGCCUGCUAAUAUCAAGACCCUUUAUAUCUAUAUAAAUAUAUUUAUAUAUUAAAUAGAAACCUUCUUUAGGCCCAAGCCGGGAAUUUAAGCUUUAGUUUUCUAAGAGAUUUUCAAGAUGAUCUAAACAUUGCGCUGUUGUUAGUCAAGCCGAACAAAUUGUGACGAAUUAAAUAAGUCAUCAUCAUAGGCUUAGUAUCUUUAAAGAGAACCGCAUUCAAUUCGAACAGUUUUAAUAAUCUGAUUUUGCAUCCAGCAUAAUCCCUAGGGGAUUCGACAUUAAACAAAUAUUUUAAGACUGACUUUAGCAAUAUGCAGCCUUCAAUGAAUAAGAAACUUCAAUUCUUCAUACAGAGUUAAUUUGACUCAUUUUUGAAGGGAUGGCAUUAUUCUUAGACAAGACGGGGCUCAAUCCAAAUAUGUGCAACCAACUGAAGUAAGAUAUAUUUCGAGAGACUUUACAUAAUUUAAAAAAGAUUAAAAGCGUCGUCGAAAGCACAAAAUGGCGGUUGGCAAUACAUGGACUUUUGGGCAGGUAAACGAACCCUAAAAUAUAGUAUUGCAAUUGAGCACUUAGCUGGCUGUAGCUUGGUCGCAGAAUCUUCAACUGAAAAUCUAUAACCCUUCAACUCCAAGAUCUCAUUAGUUCUUCCCCUUACUUUCUGCCAUACAAUUUUUAUGAUUUCAAUUGGAGAAUUUGGUAAUGGAACAACUAAAAAUCCCCUAAUUGAUAUUUUUAGUUAUUCCAAUCGCUUCUAGGCUUGAUAUUGUCUAAAUAUUGUGAGGAAAAUUUUUCUAUUGGUCACUCAUAGGAGGUAAAGGGUCAAACAAAAUUAAGAAAAUUCAGCCUUACAAGAUUACAUUGACCUAAAUCAAUGAAAGUCACAGGAGAUUAGUCUGUUGCAAUAUCCACGAGCUGAAGAUGACUUGAAUGUGUUUUAUGUGCUUCGCGUGCCUAUUACUUUUCCCGCCCCUUCUUUCUCAUGUGAGUUUAACCCUUCAAACCCCAAGAUCUCAUUGGUAAUUCUCCUUACCGCCUGCUAAACGAUUCUCAUCAUGUUGGUUUGGAGACUUUGGUAUUGGAUCAAUUAGUAAUCCCAUAUUUGAAAUUUUUCUUUAUUCUCACUACCUGUCUGCAUGAUAUUGUAUAGAUAUAGUAAGGAGAAGUUUUCCCUUGGUCACUCGCGGGAGUUAAAGAGUUAAAAGCGUUGUUGUCUCUAGUGACAUUAGUCUUGUGGACCUUUCAGCAAAAGUUAUUUGGAUGUUAGAUUUAUAUAUUUUGGAGAUAGUGAAGCAAAGCAGUUGGUAAGAUGGUCGCAUUCUAUACAAAACUUCUGGACAUUGGAUGCAGUUAAGAGUUGAUCGAUUUGUUAUAGAAAAGCGACCCUCCUGGUAAACUUUGUCUGCACAAGGCCCAUAUUUUAAACUACUUUGUUCCUGAACUGGGCCAGCCUGGUUAAAUGUUGGCAGUAUAAAAAAUAAACUUAUUAAUUAUUUAAAACCACAAAGCUGUGGACAUCGUGGGUAAAGCAACAUACAGUGUGCUACCCAUAAAAAGUUAAAUAUUCGACCAUUCAGACCCGGGAAGUUUUUCUCUUUGUCCAGUCUCUUGGAUGUGUUCAGAAGAGGUUUGAUCAGUAGCCUACGUGUAGCCGCAUUUCCCCCCCCUUAGGGUGAAACGGAGAAGAGAGAGCGUCUACGCUAAUUGUGUUCCGUGACGUCACUCUAAUUUAUGCAAAUUAAUGUCAUUUGAUAAUAUUUUUUUGUGAAGCGGCACGUGUUAGCGUGAAGGUUAUCGAGAUAAACAACAACACUGAAGUGAAUUCAUUUUCCAUUUUUCAGGUAAAUUUCCAAAUAAGCGCUCGAUUUCAAAUAAAUACUUUGCUUUAAGGAUAUAGGAAAAGAUUGUGAGCCAUUUUUGGCAUAGAUUAAGAAGAGGACGAUGUUCGAUUGGCAUCGUACUCAUGAAAUCCACGCGGUUUCUGCUUGCAUUUGUAAACAGUACCACGGUCGACGAAAAAAGUUGAAUAAUUUGCCGCAGUCUCAAGGUUCUUACAUAUUUCUUUAAGGGAUAGUUACGCCGCAAGUGUGAAGAAAGGGCUACUCUUUUUUCAGUCGAAAGAAUCGCUGCAAGAAACAACUAGCUUUAAAUUAAGUGACUGAACGUCCGGCAGCCGGACACGGUCUUAAUAAAUUCACAGCACCAUUCGCGAAAAGACCGAAGGUUGAAAGCGGACAAUCCUCUUGGUUCAAGUACAUUAAGAUAGUGCACCUGGUCUUCUAUGAGAGCUUUAACGGGCGGCACGGUAGAUAUAGUGACCGGUUCCUUCUAGAGAAGAGAGGUGAUCGAUCACUGGCGCUCCUUAAUAUAUUAAAGAUUUUCCAUAGCCAGUUGGUAACGAAAUGGAGACAUCGUUACCUUCCAAAAAUAUAUCUAUGGCUUUCUGCUGUUCUUCUUGAAAUGUCUCUAUCUCAAAAGUCGCGCAAACUUGCCUUGUCGUACAUCGCUGUUGUCUGAAAAGUUGACCAUGAAAGAGUUUUGUUCAACGUCUGCUUCGUUAGUUAAAUUACCAACUCUAGCCAACCAAAAUUGACGAAAGAAUUGGCAAGAGAGGUUAGCCAAUAAAAAGUCAUUAUACAUUUUCUUGAGAAAGAGUGACGUCACGGAACACGAUUAAUGUCAGGUUUGGGUAGACGUUACCUCGCCUCCGUUUUACCUUGGGGGGAGGAGGGGAGGGUACAGCUUUACGAAGGCUAGAUCAGUUGUCACCAAAACGCUUUUCCACAUAAGCAAUCUUAUCAAGAAAAAGCGCUACAUGUCAAUGUCUACGCAAUAUUGACGUGUUAUUUAAACCACUGGGAUUGCAGAAACAAAUAGGCUUUGAUAUACUAACGUACGCGCAUGUAAUACCUUAUGCUUGUCUAAACUGACAUUGAUUGACGAUGCUUGGAAUGAAAACAACUUUAUCAAGUGCACCAAGAACUAAGCUUUUUUUCUUCGUGUGAAGGCGUUGUUUGGAAGAUGAUGUUGUUAGCAGGAAUGUUUAAAAAGAAUAUUUCAAUAUUUCACCGCUCUGAUUGUCAAUCAAAGUUAAUGUGGUAAAACAGGAGUCAGUUAAACAAGCGUCAUAAACGUUACAGGUUCAAGAAUUGGAAUAAGUUUACUCGUGCUAAGAUGUGAUAUAACUCUCAUUUAAACUGCGUUUGGCUACGAAUUAAGUGUAUCUUACGCUCUCAACAUAUUUUGAAUAUGAUCUUUACAUCAGGUUGUGAGAAAGAAGUUUGCAAGAAUUGAUCAGUCUUCAAGUUCGUGUUUCUCUAACAACGUAAAUCCGUGGAAAGUGUUUCCGAGAGUUCUUUUGUCAUGGAUAUGCAGUAUUGUUUUAUUACGUAUAUAUCAUCAAAUAAUUACCAUUUUGUGGUUAGUAGUAUAAUAAAUGGCUUUUUUGAGAACAUUUUUACAUAAUGGUCAAAAUUUCCAGACAAAGGCUUCACAAGCGCAGUUCCACACACGCGUAUUCCAAGUUUUGUUUCUAACCAUCUCAUUAAGUUUUGCUAAAUCAUUGCUAAAACUCAAACUAGCGUCAUUUGCGCUUGCGCGAUAAAAUCGAUAUUACAGUUAAAAGCAGACCAUUCAUAAAGAGUAUAUCAUUUACGAGCAAAACAAGCCGCGAACUACAUGCAACAUGAUCAUGAGCUCCAAACCUUACCGUGUUGCUCAAUGGAUUCCCUCUGACCACAAAUUUCCUGACAAAUGGUUAGCCAACUUGAUCAUAGAAGUCCAAACUAAAUACAAAGAUAAGUUAGCGUUAUUGAUGGCUCUUCAUCCACCAGCUGAAGAUAAAGAAACAGCUAGUGGUGAAACUCCGCCGAUAGUUGCUCACGGUACAGAGGAAGACCUCGGUCUCCAUCCACCCGUUCAAGAAUUAUUGAAAGCUAUCAUCUCCGAUCCCGAGAUCAACAUGUUCUUCUAUCAGAUGUUCUGGCAACAGUCCAAGAUUCGAGAUAGUUCGCUAGGAACAAGGAUCCCUUCCUGGCAACUUAUGAUUAUUUUAAUCGACUACAUCAUGACCACAGCUCCAGAGUACAACGAAUCUGGUUUGGUUGGCUUCCCCAUUAAUGUAAUCCUGAACUGGCCGAUGGCUACGACUGCUGGAUUUGCUGCUUUCCUCAACGACAAAGUCAACAGGUUGUUCAAAAGUAUUCUCAACUAUUGGGGAAAGUUUCUUUCCAGUUCUGCUUCUUGUUACGUAUUGAAUGAUGAUCCUCGUCAUGGUUGGUUUGGUGAAGAUGCAAUGCAAGCAAUUCCAAACUUCGUCCAAGACUUCAAAUGCAAGCCUAAUGAAAACAUUACGGUUUUACAUCAUGGGAUGACUUCUUCACCAGAGAGUUUCGUGAUGGCAUUCGUCCAGUAG